AUGGAUGCACUCAGUGGUUUAGAUGCUGAUUUCGUCCGAAGGCAGGGCCUUGAUGGAUUGGAUUUACUUGAUGGGAGCUCUGGCACCCAGACGGCAGCAACCCCUUCAGUCUCCAACCCCCUUGGUGGAAUUUUUAGUGCCUUCACUAGCCUUGUCAAUGGCGUAACAUCCACGAGUCAAUCCCUAACCUCUUCCUCUUUUAGUUCGACAGGCUCGACUAUAAAAUCCGCUUCUACUACAUCCACUACCUCCAGCAGCACACCUUCAACUUCAUCUACGUCGGCACCCACACCGAAUUCCAUACCUACGCCUACACCUACGCCCACGUCCACGCCCACACCCACACCCACACCUUCCACUUCUCAGAUCGUUUAUACUUCCACCGAUGGCACCAGCAUUGUCUACGUGACUAGUAUCGCGACUAGUUCCACGUCUGCCACCGCUGCACCUGCUGAGUCCUUCUUGCAAAACAAGCCUUUGGAAGGCGGAGUAUUCGCCUUAGUUGGAAUCGUGGUCAUGGUUAUCAUUUUCGUCGUCGUAACGUACACCAUCCGCCGUCGCCGCCACAAUCGUCUUGAGGGCGUGAUCGCCGAUGCUAUCACGUUUGACCCGAUGGUGUCUGAGCACUAUGUUGAUGAGGAGAGCAGAAUGAACACCUCUGACAAGUACAGACUUAGUGGCAGUUCCUCAGGUCAUGGCCAUGGCUUGGGCUAUGCCCCCAAUCUUGCAUAUGCACCACCGGUCCCUCCUAAAUACCCUUACUAUGGCCAAGGAUACGAACAACAGGCAGCUGCUUAUCAAGCCCCUUCUACUCAGGGCCCCGUCUAUAACAACGACAAUGCAGUUAAUACGAGUAGCGCCAAUCUUACUCGUAAAUAUUCGAAUCGCAAGCCUGUUCCACCUCUCCUUCCAAAUCCUGUCUAUGACCCCUCUCGCUCCCCAGUUCUUCCCUCGCACUAUUACAUGCAGGGUCAGGAACCCCCGGUCUCACCAAUUCCUCGGUCUACGAGCCCUUCUGCACCCGCCGGUGAUGCACCUACUCCUGCGUUGCCUGAUAACUCGGAGGAAGAUCCAUACACAGGAAUGCUCCAGGCAUGUUUACUUCUCGCUCAACCUUCAUAG